AUGGCGCCGGAACCCUCAGAGGUGGCAGCAAGGGAACUUGAAAUGGCAAAUGAGAAGCUCCUUGAAGACGGCUUCUUUAGACUUGAGGAUCCUUCUCUUGGAGAAAGUUUAACUGAAAUCGAGCGGCUCCGCUUUCGUUUCCACUCCGAAUACGGCCUAGAAUUUGGCAGAAAACACGUCCUUGAUGACCGGGGUGGUCCAAAGGCUGGCCGGCGAUGUCUUCUUGUACAUUUGAUAGGCAAGGGCUCGCAAAUAAGAUAUCGCCGCCAAUCACAUCUGCAUGAUCUACCAGCCGUAGAGAAUAAGAAGCGGUCUCUGCAUGAAACUUCCUCGGCAGCCUAUGAUGAAGCGGGUUGUGAGGCAGAAAUUAUGACAUUUCCUGAUGGCGGCAAGGUGAUUCUUGAUGCUAGAGUUGGAUACGAAAUCAGACAAGGCUACGCUAUCGUGUUUGAGUUUGCCGAACAUGGCAUUGCCUAUGGCUGGAAAAAGAUGAUGCUUCCGGGGACGAAGGAAUUACGUGACAAAGUUCAACAGAUGCAAAGUAAAGAUAUUCGCGUAAACUUUGCCUUUAAAGAAGUUGCGGCGCAACAGAUUGAUAGCUAG